GUUUCUAGCAUCGCAUUGCUUGUGUUCGGGGCAUUGCUAGAAGACGUCUUCGGGGACGGCUGUGUAGCGUGUCGUGGCAACGUUUUCUACGCUAUGUGUACCCAGCGUUGAUAGUUCUUAUUCAACGCGAGUAACGCAGCUUUGUACCGCCAAACAACAGACAUGCCUCUCGAAGUACAGUGGCCCCUUCCAAACCUCAGCCAGCCCAGCAAAUUGUGGCAGCUCGGAAGCUCUGUGGUCGUUCCUGCCGUCGGCCUGCUAGCAAAACUGUUUCACGAGCCACAGUUUCUUAAGCGGGCACAGAACCCACACAGACCCCGAGUAUACCGCACCACAGGCUGGUUCAACACAGUGAAUGUGUACAACAAAGAGAUCCUCAUCGAUGCCAUUGAAAAUCGACCAAAAGAUGUUCCGUUGAUCACAGUCUGCAACCACCACUCUUGCCUUGAUGACCCUUUCAUUUGGGGAAUGCUGGAGCUGAAGCACAUGCUGCGGCAGAAGUGCAUGCGCUGGAGCGUGGCGGCGCACGACAUCUGCUUCACCAACGAGCUGCAUUCGCGAUUCUUCGCGCUGGGCAAAACGGUGCCCGUGUGCAGGGGUGAGGGUGUCUUCCAGAAGGGCAUGGACUACUGCAUCGAGCUGCUCAAUCGCGGCAUGUGGGUCCACAUCUUCCCCGAGGGAAAGGUCAACAUGGUCACCCAAGAGUUUCUGCGUCUCAAAUGGGGUGUUGGCAGACUAAUUGCGGAAAGCAAGAAGUGUCCCAUAGUCAUUCCAUUCUGGCAUGUUGGCAUGAAUAAUGUUUUGCCAAACAAGGAGCCUUAUGUGCCACAAUGGGGACAGUUAGUGACCAUUCUAAUUGGAAACCCCAUCGACUUCACUUGCCUCCGAAGUACCAUGAAGAAGGAAAAUAAGAGUGCAAUGGAGCAACGAAAGAAGUUUACAGACGUCAUACAGGACGAGUUUAGCCAGCUGAAGACCCAAGCUGAGACGUUACAUCACCUCAGCUUGCCGUCGUCAUCUUAGCAUUGUCAGAGUGUCAUCAUUGGCUCGCUUGUCUUCUGACAUGGUGUGCUGCUGAUUGCAGAGAAACGCAUUGGCACUUCACAGGUUCUCUUUGUAGCAGGCACUGUGGAUGUUGUGCACUGGUAGAGAACGGAAAGGACAAAAGAACCUGUUGCCUGCAGCCUUUAGUCGCGGCCAAGCGAGUGCUGAGCUGUGGGAUAGGGUUUCGUGGGCAGCUGCACACACAAGUGUAUUGAAGAGGCGCGGCUUCUAGAAGCUUUAAGUUCGCUGGCGACAAAUCAUGAGCAGCCCUCAAAAUAACGGAUGAGAUUUAGAACCCAAACUGUUGUUUCCUUAUUGCUGACAUUUUGUGGCCUAAUUUGACCUGUCUUAAUUAAGUGGGGGAUAAGACAACCAGUUUGAGAACAGUGUAGUCAUUGGAUUGUGUUUGUGUCGUUUGCUCUUGUCCCUACUGAGAUGCUUUUCUUGUUUCAUUUGCAUCUUUUCUUGUCUGUACCCCCCUCUUCUGUACUGCGGUAUUUGCAAUGUGUGUCUGAACGAAAAGUACAAACAGGUUAGUGUCUAGCAUGGGCUAAACGUCUGCAGUUAGUUAGGCCAUUACUUUUUCUAGUGAAGCACGCACUGAAAGCUUUCACGCACCAGUAAGAAAAGUACUUAUUCCAUUGCAACUGUGUGACCUUCUACUCUGGGAUUUUUCUUUCUUUCCUUCAUUUUUUUUUUCUUUUUGAGUUCAUUUUUGUGUGCGCAGAAUUCCUCCAAGUCAGCGUAAUUUGUGAAUAUCAUUAGGGAAUGUUGUUUUGACUGUUCUUAGUACCAUUCUUGUUACAGAAUAUCGCAUUAAUAUUGCGGCUGCGACUGUAUUCAGUGAAAAAUCUACUAUUGAUAGACGUAACCUUCAUAGACGUAACAUUUUGCUGAGGACUUGUGGCGUAAUAUUUCUUUGUCUUUUUUGCCUUGUAGUAAUUGUAGUCUUUACUGAGUGGGCCUAGAAAAAUGUUUAAUUUAGUAUUUCGAUUUCAAUAAUUUAUUGCACUACACGUUUUAUGCAAGAUGCUUGUACAUAGACAGAUUUGUCUUUACAAAUUCUUCAUAUAAAUUAUCACUGCAGUAAACAUUAGUAUUGCGAUAUGGUUUCGCCAUUUUCAAAGUGAAAUAGACUAGCCAGCAAUAUGUUUUUUUCGUUAUGCAGAUUUAAAAUUUAAAUUUAUUCAAUUUCAAAAAUAUUUGCGUAGAUACAUUACUGUUCUAUUUAAGGUAUAUUUUUAUUGGUACACUAAAAAUUUCUGAUACUGAAUUUCUGCUGCAGUUUUUCUGUUCAUAAUGUUCUCUAUUUAGCACAUUGUUGCAGUGUUUGCAUUAUUCCAGGUUAUUGAAACAUCAAUGACUUGUGGAACUGAGCUUGUUCUUUUUUUGUUUUUUGUAUUUCCUCGUUUUUUAUUUUAUUCUUGCUGUUCAGUUUUUGCUGAUUCGUAAGAAGCAACACCUUGUGCUUUUAUUCAUUUACCGCUGCGUCUUGCUGAUAUAUUGUGGCAUGCAAUUUCGAAAACUAAAUAGAUUGAUUACUGUAGCUUAAAAGAUCUUUUCAUAAAUACGCUUGUUCAAUCCGUAAUUUUUUUUCUUCACCCUGCAUUUUUUAUUUUUGCGCAGAUCACUUCAAUCACAUGAAACUCAUGCAGCUGAGCAUGCUUCCUUUAUAAUUUAUUUUAUUCUUGUUUGUAGACCGUCAUUUAGCAAGGCAUACAUAUGCUGUUAGCACAGUGCCACUAUUGAUUUGGCUUUUUCUCAAACUUUUUCGCUGCAUAUCAGUUCUUGCAUGUCAUGAUCCAGAAUUUUAUAUAAUUGGCAUUACUUUCAGUGGCUUUUAAAAGUAGGCACAGUUCUGCUACUUCCUGCAACUAUUUGAUUAAAAUUGUACCAAACAGCACCUCGAAGCUGUGGCGUACUUUUCUACAAUCGUUAUCUGUCGUGUAGAAGCCUGAAGAAAUGCUGAAUGCUAAAUAGACUUUUGAUAAGACACUGAAAUUUGUUGCUAAUGUGACUGCUACUAUGGCAGCAACGUAGCAUCUUGCUAUUACCUUUAAGCGCUGCUUAAAUGUUCAGUGCCAAAAUUUGUUUUACACAUUCGACAAGUCCAGUUGCAGAGCUUCAUGUGGUUGAUUAUCAUACGAUCGGAAAAUCUGUGAACCAAAAACUUUGUGGCGCAUUUGUUGAGUGUGAUUUUUAAAACUGUUGCCGUUGAUUCUGUGGAUAUUACUGUGAUAUAUAUAUCUUGGUUGUGCUCUGCCGUCAUUAGAGUUAAGUCCUAGCUCUGGUUCAGUCAGUUGUAGCUUUUCGAUUUUGUGAUGCAAUAGGUAAUACGGUACAGUUGACGUUUCUAGAGACUAUGUUUUAUGUUAUGAAUGUGUGUUUGCAACAUGUUUGGAACACCACCCUUGUUAGCGUAAUUUUGAAAGAUAUUUCAGUGCCCUUGCUUGCUACCUUGUUGUGCGGUGUAUGUAAUUGGAGUUCUGUGUGUACGGGAAUCCUAAUAAGUGUCGCUUGCAACAUGAACGAACUUACAGGACUCCCACCCUAAUUAAACUGCAGAUAAUGUGCUGUGGAAUGAGUAAUUUUAUUGUACAGCAUACUGCAAUAUACUGUUGCAUUGUAGUACUUAUUACUUUUGCUUUGUGCACUGUACUUUUUAUUUUUUAUGCAGUGCAGGCAAAUCAGUUUUGCUGCAUGUUUUGUUUUUAUCGUUACCAAAGCACUUGGUUCUUGACAUUGCAAUUCACUUGAUACUGGACGUGGCUGUCAUUUAGCGUAAUCCCAGUUGUUGGGUCUGAUCUGAUAGAGCAAGUUCGUUUGUCCCACAGUUCUGUAAUUAUUUUCUUACCUAAAACUGCUGCUGUUGUGGUGUCGUGCAUUUUGUUGCUUCUGCGUUUUUAUGUAUGUUCACUUGAAAUCAAAGACUGAAGUUACAUGAUUCAA